AUGAGACGUUCACCACUACUGUCAGGAGAGGUUGAGAGUCGAACAGAAGUGAUGAGAAGGAAGCUAAGAAACAGAAAGGGGGGGGCCACGCUGGGAUAGUCCCAGGCGCGUGACAAUGUACAUCCCUAAGUCAGCCGCGGGUGAAAUCGCCGGCGCGCCUAAGUCCCCACCGCAAGGGGGCGGGCUAGCGGGCGCGCGCAUGAAUCCGCCGGCGCUGGCGCGCUGAGGCAGUCGCGCGCGUCUAAGUCCCCACCGCCGGGGGCGGGCUAGCAAGUGCGCGCAACGACCGAGGCGCCCCUGUCGAGCUGAGAGUGGACUCUUCACAGUUGUGGCCCCUAGCCGCGCCCUCGGAACCGACCAACUCGAAUCGCGGAACCGAUUUGCGGGGCUCGAGGUCGAAGGAGGACAGGAGGAUGACGUCGAGGAGGAGGAUGCAGGAAAGGAGGGCGAGGAAAAGGAGCAGGUCGAAGAAGGAGACGAGGAUACGGGCGCCAAGGCGGACGACGAGGAUUCGGACUCGGAUGGGAACGCCGGAGCGGGCAUCGACAAGGCGGGAGGCGACGACAAGGACGAACAGGACGACAGCUCGGAGGGAAGCGAACAAAGGGAGGACGAAGGAAACGAUGGGGAUGACGUGAUGAAAGAUGGAGCAGAGGAGGAGGACGAAGGGACGGAGACGGAGGUGGAAGAAGAGGUCGAGCAGGAACAGGGGGUACAGGACGACAGCAUCAUGAUCAUCGACGACGACCAAACGACGAUCACCACGGUUUCCCGCGAGUCGACUCCUCGGAGUCCCUCGUGGCCUCCACUAUCUCCUGAGACGUUGGCAAAGUCGCUGCGCGAGGGUGCGGAGUGGGACCGAGCUAACGCCGAAGCUGCUGCACGUGUCCAAGCAGAAAAGGAGGCGAUCAUCAACGCCCAACUCGACGCGGAGGAACCGCUCGUUCGCCACCAAUUUGCAGAGUGGGGUCAGGAAGAUGGACAACUGCGAUUCAUCAACAUUCGUGGCACCGGCUCCGGGUCGAACAAGAAGAUGAAGAGGUCGCAAACGGUGGCCGAUCUCAGCGAUCCGAGCGACGACCCGGUCGAUAUCAAGCGCGUUCUGAACAGGGUCAAAGGUCGAGCAGGAAAGGAGGUAGCGGGUCAGGGGAAGAGGGUGACGAGGUCGAUGUCGGCGGCGGCGGCGAUGCAGGUCGAGGGGGCCAAGGCGAAAGCGGAGAAGGGUAAAGGGGUGGAGGAGGAGAAGCGCUGGUCCGACCACGAGCCCGAGGAUGACAUUCUCCCCAAAUUCCCACUCUUUGAGGACGACACUACCGCCAAGAGCACGUCUACAUCGUCUAUCCAAUAAUGAUCAAGCACACCAUCACCAGCUGGAACGUGAGGAGGUGCAUGGGGAUCCCGGAAAAGCGACGCAACAUUUACACCUAUUUAUCAACAUUCAAAGCAUCCGCCAUUCUACUACAAGAACACUUCAUCAAACCGGAACUCUGGCAAUGUAUCAAGGACGAGUACGAGGGCAAGGUCUUCAUCAGCAAACACUGUCUGACUCUGAUCCCCGCCGACUCGCCCCUGAUCGACGCCGAGAUUUUGCGCACCCACUCGGCACUCGACGGACGAAUCCUGGUCACCUCCUUUCGACUUCGAGGCGACAUCCGGAUACUCGAGAUCAACAACAUUUACGCACCAGUCGAUACAAAACAACGACUCACAUUCUUUGACAAACUACAUUUCCACAGGACGCAGAGCACCCACCUUCGACUCCUCGGCGGCGAUCUCAACGACUGCCCGCUGUGAAGAGUCCACUCUCAGCUCGACAGGGGCGCCUCGGUCGUUGCGCGCACUUGCUAGCCCGCCCCCGGCGGUGGGGACUUAGACGCGCGCGACUGCCUCAGCGCGCCAGCGCCGGCGGAUUCAUGCGCGCGCCCGCUAGCCCGCCCCCUUGCGGUGGGGACUUAGGCGCGCCGGCGAUUUCACCCGCGGCUGACUUAGGGAUGUACAUUGUCACGCGCCUGGGACUAUCCCAGCGUGGCCCCCCCCUUUCUGUUUCUUAGCUUCCUUCUCAUCACUUCUGUUCGACUCUCAACCUCUCCUGACAGUAGUGGUGAACGUCUCAUAGGUACGCUGAAAUAGAUCACUUCUGUUCGACUCUCAACCUCUCCUGACAGUAGUGGUGAACGUCUCAUAGGUUAUAAGCCCACGAGCCACCAGCUGGCAUGACCACGACACCACCCCUCGCGACGGGUGCCAACCCUCCGAUUCCCGCCGAACAGCUCGCCGCACUUACAUCGCUGCUGUCGGGUCUCACCGCUGCCGCUUCCGGCACUGCCACACCCGCCACGACGUCCGGCACCACUCGCACUGCCUUUCCAAAGCACGCACGCUUGGAUGGUGCGAAGACCUUCGCGAACUGGACACGCCAACUUCGCCUGUGCCUAGCGGACGACAUCCGCUCGUACGUCCUCGACGGUAUCGCACCCGACGACUGGACACCUUCGCAACGCUCCGCUCGCGACGCCGUCGCUCGUGAGGUCCUUGCGAAUUCGAUUGACUCGGCCGAAGUCUCGGCAGUCCUCGACAAAAAUCCCUACCGCCGACCUGACAGCGCCGACAAUCUACUCGACGCUGAAAUCGCGGUACGCCCCUGACGACGCCACCCGCACGCUCGAGCUCUUCUCACGACUCUGGGGUUUCCGUCCCAUGCCCGGCACGGUUGCCGAAUUCGACGGGUGGAUCAUGGACUUCAAAGCCGUUGCGCAAGAGAUCAUCGACACAAAGACAACUAUCAAUGAUGUUCUCGCCACACUCCUCCUUGCAAUCGCCCACCCGUCCCUCGAGAGCUUCAAGGCGUCGUUCACCGAUGAACAGCGCACGCAACGAACUCUCCCCGACAUUGAUUCGCUUGCCGACCGUAUGCGAGUCCAACUUCGGUCAACGAACAUCCUAUUCGAUCAACUCUACUACGUCAGCGAUGUAGUUAUAGCCAAGAGUGAUCAAUGCAUUUCAACAUACCUAUUCGAUCAACUCUACUACGUCAGCGAUGUAGUUAUAGCCAAGAGUGAUGAAUAG